AUGUCUCCGCGCCACCGCCUGCACCUCUUGCUCUUCCUCCGCACCCUCCACGGCUCCGCCUUCGGCAUGGGCGACUGGGCCUCCCGCCUGCCGCAGGCGACCGAAGCGCUGCCCGGCAGGACGCAGCGUAUAGCGGUGCCAGGUAAACAUCAUGUCAAUGGGAACAGAAUGGUUGAACCAUUCCCAGAGGGAACACAGAUGGCUCUGUUUGGUAUGGGCUGUUUCUGGGGAGCUGAGAGGAAGUUCUGGAGGCAGAAAGGAGUCUACUCCACUCAAGUGGGUUAUGCAGGAGGACAUACCCCAAACCCUACCUACAAAGAGGUGUGCUCAGGCAGAACUGGGCACGCCGAGGCCGUCCGGGUGGUGUUUGAGCCACAAAACAUCAGCUUUGAGCAACUGCUCAAGGUCUUCUGGGAAAAUCAUGACCCGACACAAGGGAUGCGCCAGGGGAACGAUGUCGGCACUCAGUAUCGCUCGGCCAUCUACACCUUCUCCCAGGAGCAGAUGGAAGCUGCCCUGAGAUCCAAGGAAGAAUAUCAGAAGGUGUUGACAGAAGGAGGCUUUGGCUCCAUCACCACGGAGAUCCGGGAGGCUCCCGAGUUUUAUUAUGCCGAGGAAUAUCACCAGCAGUACCUCAGCAAGAACCCUGGAGGGUACUGUGGGCUGGGAGGGACAGGGGUUUCCUGCCCCAUUGGCCUCAGGAAAUAGCCUGUGCUUGCUCCACCACCUCCUCUUCACGGUAGGGAGCUUGGAAAAAAAAAAAAAAAAAGAUCAGGAACCCCAGGGGUGGAUGUUCCCACAACAUCCGUGGAUAAAGAUUUGGAAUCUGCUGGGGAGGCUUUCCGUAAUCAUAAGUUUUCUGUUUGUUGACAUCAAAAGUCAAAGUAGAGGGCAGGGAUUGCUCCCAUCACAGCUUCUUGCUCUGUGAAGCUCCUGGGGUUUCCUUGUUAUCUGGAGAGGUGGAAAGAGAUCCGAACUUCCAAAAGUUUGGCUCGAAAUGCUGUUAAAAGGAUGAAUUGGGAGGUGGUUGCACCUGUAGCUGCUUCACAUUUCCAAUGCCUUUGGAGUUGUUGAUUUUCUUGGGUUAAUGAAUUUCCUGGUGUUCCCAGAGCUUUGACUUCUGGAGAUGUGAUUGGGUUCUUUACCUGUCAUAUCCCUGGAAUUUGAUGUCUUUGGGAGUGAUGAAUUGAUCAGAUCAGUGAUUCUCCUACCACAACUCUGCUUUCACAGCAUUUAGAGCCACCCGUAGUGCCUAUUUUCUGAAAUUAUUUUAGCCAGAAAAAAAUCAAAAUUUUAAUGUGAUGCUUCUUUUUGACAGUUCCAAGAAGUGAAUAAACAAAAAGAAAUCGGUUUUGUUUCCUGCUCUGCAAUAAAUGACAG